AUGGGUUUAGGUAACCACGUCAGCUCAGACAACUUCCUAUACAGAGAUUCUUGCCUUUGGAUGAGUUUUCCGAGUAGGAGCCAUCGUCGUCAGUGGGACGAUACUAGAGGGACAGUUGCUUUGCGCCGCGCACUGAACGCACCCGUCUGCGAGCUUUGCCGCCACACGCGUUCAAAUAUCGAAGUCGAGUUCGGGGGCGGAGCGCGAGUGGUGUGGGCCAUGUCGGCUGGCGACAGGGAAACGGAGGCGCAAGCCAAGAAGGGGGAGGAGGGCGCAGCACCCGAGAGGGAUUCCAGGGCUGCAGCCGCACUUAAACAGUACUGGUGCCUUGGACUCAGAGCUGUAGAAUUGGUGAUCGCAGUGAUUGCAAUUGGAUUGAUUGUUGGCGCUCUAUACUCGCCUCAAGUAGUCGAGAGGAACAUCCAGCAUAUUGCCGUCAUCUACUCUGCCUACUCAAAAUGCAACUUUACCAACAUUGAUAUCUUUGAUGUUUAUUUAUCCAACAAUUCAAUUACUACAGGCUUUAUCAUCAUCACGGGCGUUCUCAUCAUUGCCCGGCUUCUUGGCGAGACAGCUGGAUGGAGAACUAACAUUGGUUUCUCUGUCAUCGGUGCCAUCAUGUUCACUGCCGCGGCUGCUGUCAUUUUCUAUGAUUGGCACAGAUCCUACUACGCCAACCAGCGUCCCAAUAAACAGGCAUACGAUCUCCUCAUCGCCUCAGGAGUUUUCGGAAUUAUAAACGCAGUCGUAUUUCUGGUACACGCUUUCUUCACGUUCAGAAAGGAGGCGGACUAUUAAAUCUUACUUCUUUCUUAAAACAUUAUUUCAAUAUUGAUUAAUAUUAAAAAAAAAAUCUUUUCGACCGACUCACAUGCGUUCUAAAAAGGUAUAAUAUCUAUACGAUGAAAAAAAAAACAUUUGAACUGAAGACAUUUGAAUAAUACGAUUUCUUUUUUCUUCUUAUAUCUAUUCGUUAAUUUCACAAUUUAUUUUGUACUUCGAAGUAUUAUUAAGACUAUAACAGUAAAGUAAGAUAGUUUUAAGUUAAUUUUGUUAAAUAAUAAGUUAUUUUGUGUAAAUAUUGGUAAGUAUUGUAUGGUACCCGUUGAAUAGCCUCUGUAUUUUUUUAUUACAUUACCGUUGCCCGUGAUGCAGUUACGUCUAAAUUAAUUUAAUGCAAUAAAAAAAUUAACUAAUGUUUAAUAUCAAAGCCCCCAAUUUGUUGCCCCAAUGCUGCAGCUAUUAAUUAAACUUAAUACCCAUACCGAUUUCAUAAUUUUAAUGCUACUUUUUUGUAUACUUCUGCCCUCUGCUGCAGCUACAAAAAAAUAUAUGAUUUAAAUUAGUACAUUUAUUUGGCUUGAGGCAGCUAUACAGUAUUAGGAGAAGGCAGCUUUUUACAAUUUUAAUAUAUAAUUAAGUCAUUGGCAGCGAUAGAGUAGCAGGUACUGCUAUUUUUAAUUAGAAUAUGUUGUUUUAAUAUGGAUAUGGCUGCGAUCCUUGAAUUUGAAUAUAAAUUUAUUAGUAUAAAGUAAUAAAAAUUGUUAACAUAAUUUCCUUUGAAUAGGUGAACUACUUCGAUUUUGUUUAAAUAAAAACUCUGAUGUCAAAGUCAUGUCCAUAUUAAGAUGUAUUACUUUGACCAACGGUCAUAGUCGUAUUCGCCUUUCCUGUAAUUAUAAUAUAAACUGCAGCUCCGAUUACCAAAAGUAUUUUGUUUAGACAGGCAGCUUUAUUUUUCUGUAGGUUAUUUGUGGCCGAUAGUGCAAGUAAAAAUUGUAAGAGGAACCUUUUUUAGGAAUUUAGGUUAAUUUUCGUAAGAAAAUUAAAUAUAGAAGUAGAAGUUAUAUAUGUACGGAAAUUAGUAUGUGAAAUGGUUAAAGUAUAAGCGAUUUAUAUAAGAUGUGUAUCUUUAUUUAUUUAACUGUUGUCGAUUGUAAGUAAACCAAUUUAAUUGGAAUUUAUUAGGCUCUUUCCUGUGAGCUUACUAUGUGUCUCAUUUUGUGCAAAUAUUUUUUUUUUGCAAUAUUAUGUCACGAUUUUGGCGGUGAAACCUUCUAUCAUGCCACCUUUUUCUAUUACAAUGAGAAUAAAGACAGCGGCGUGUCAAAAUCGAACCUAUUAUUUAAGUUAUCUUUUAAUUACUGGAACAUUCCGCUGAAACAAAUCUACAAAAAUAGUUUCAUUGUGUAACAUUGACAAUAAUUUUAAUAACAGACAUUUCUAAUUGCGAGAGGCAUAGUAAAUAAUUGAGAAAAGGCUUUAGUAGAUGCCGCUAAUCUUGAGCUCUAAAGAAUUUUCGGUAAGGUUUUUGAUUGUUUGAUAUUAUGUAUGUAUUUGAUAUUACGAAACAAUACCACCGUCAGGAAUUAGGAGUCAUAUGUGACUUUAUAAGUUUAUUUUCUACGAUUAUAAUGUCUUAUUUAGAAAGCAAUGGACAUUUUAUUAUUCAAUUGACUUUUCACAUAAAAUUUAGAUUUAAAAAUAGCAUGAAUUUACGAGGUAAACAUGAUAUGAUACAGACAAUUUGGACUUCGCUGUUCUUAAUUCGAGAUCUCUUUUAAAUAUACCUAUCUGUCCUUGCGUUUAUAAUAAGUAUUUUGUUAAUUAAAUUAACUAUUAGUUUAAUAUGUUGUUAUAUGUUAAUAAAUAUAAAGUUUUAAUUAAAAAGGGUGAACCAAAGCAGUAAUCAGUAUCCGUCCAGUUGUAGUUAAGUUGAAAUGUUACUCCUCUAUUCCUGUUUACUUUGUCUUCUAAUUUUUAUCUAUGGUUGUGUGACGACGUGAUUAAAUAUACUAUUUUUUUUUCGUUUUCUGACUACAAGAUGUGUAAAUCUUAUUAAAGAGGUCUUAACAUG